UUCGAGAAUCAUAUCCGAUCCAAGAAAUAACACCGAAAGAGUUACAUACUUCACUUAACAGCAACACUUCCACCAUCACAAAACCAAAUAUAAUAUUGAUUGAUGUUCGUGAAAAAGAUGAACAAUUACGUGGUAUCAUACCAACCGCUAUACCAUUACCACGUGGAGUUCUUGAAAGAGAUAUUGAACGGAAAGUCGUUAGCAUUGAUGAAGUUAAUUCAGAAACCG